AUGGUGAAUAUGCGGAUAUCUGCGUUUGUCAGCGCUGUUCUGAGAGCUUGGGUUUGUGCUCAACAACUCGGCGUGGUUCAAGACACCACGCCGUCGUUGUCAUACGCCAAUACAACUUCGCUUCUCGACACGAUCGUGGCCCGCGGAUACAUCAAUGUCGGCACAACGGGUGACUAUAAGCCGUUCACAUAUUUCGUUACCAACCAGACAACUCUACCAAACACCACCGCGAUCAACACGACUUACAUCGGUGCGGAUAUCGACGCGGCUCAGUCCCUCUCCAACGCUCUCGGACUCCCGAGUCCCCCACGUCUGGUAGCAACGAAAUGGGCGAACAUUACUAGCGAUCUCACGGCGGGGAGAUUCGACAUUGCCAUGGGCGGCGUCAGUAUGACCCUCGCGCGCGCUAGGACGGCGUUCUUCUCGACCGCUAUCCAGAAGGUGGGCAAGACCGCAUGCAUUCGCUGCGCCGACUCGUCAAAGUACACCGACCUCGCGUCCCUGGAUCAGCCGGGCGUCAAAGUGGCCGUCAACCCCGGAGGUACCAACGAAGCCUUCGACCGCGCCAACCUUAAAUCUGCGACUAUCGUUCUGGUGGAGGACAACAACGCCGUUUACCAGGCAGUCUUGGAUGGCACGGCCGAUGCCAUGAUCUCUGAUCUCAUUGAGGUGGAGCUGCAAGUUAAGCUGCAUAAGGGAGAACUCUGCAUCGUCAACCCGGGUGCGCCGUUCAACUUUGAGGAGUUGGGAUACGCCGUUCCCAGAGAUAUCGUCUGGAAGCAGUUCGUUGACGCCUGGGUGCAUGUACAGCUUGGCAGCGGAGCCUGGAACCAAACGCUGGAAAAGUGGUUGGAUUACAAAUGGCCGAGUGUGUAA